AUGGCGGCGGGACUGUUUGCGUCGCUCUUUGCAGCUUCCUCGACCAAAGCGGCCAUCCCGUCUGACGCACGCAGCGACGGCACCGAGCAGCUCCCCGACGACAUCAUGACCGAUGACGUAGCACCCGCACAUGCAGUCUCCACAAAGGAAGCGCAAGACGUCGCAGACGUCGAUAUGCAGCUCUCGUCGCCGCCCAGCUCUCCUCCUCCACCAGUCUCGUCAACGGACCACCAUGCGCAGUCGACGAGCAUGGAGCUCACGGCGUCCGGGUCUGGCAAGGCUGUAGCCGCGAUGGAGCGCGCGUCCUCAUCGACGGGGAAAGCAGGCUCGGGUUCGACACCGACGGUACAGCGCGCGUCGCGCAGGCGGACGAUGCCCGCGAGACUGUCCGCGGUAUCGUCGCUGCUCGCGGGGUCCAUGUUGGAGGAGGAGCUGCUGCUGCUCGAUGCGCCCGCCUCACCCUCUGGCUCUACCUUCAAUUACAGUAGCGGCAACCAUGCCGACGGAACAGCAAAGUCCGCGUCAUCGGCAGGAAAACACGCCGCAGAUACAGCCUCAACAUCACCCGCCCCAUCAGCAGCGAGCUUUACAGCCUCAUCCGUGAUCGUACUCACCUCGGACCCUCGGUUGCUCGCUCGUGCUGUGUUCCCCUACGGCCCCGCCUCCACCACUGCCCAUGUCAAAUCCGAACCCGAUGAGGAUGCAGUCGGCUCGCUCCAACCCGUCCCAUCCUCCUCCUCUUCUCUGGUAUCCACCCUGGCGAUCAGGCGACAGCAGCUCAUCGAAACGCCAGACUUCACUCCGCGCGACGAUACGCUCUACAUGCCCAAAACGCGCGGGCUGAGGUCCGACGCUGCUGAAGAUACCUCGGACGCGGCGUACGAGCGCAGGCACCGCAAGCCCGAGACCGCCGAGAAGCGCCAGCGAAAGGCCGAGGUGGAUCGGCUCGCUCGCGAUCGGCUCAAGCUCGUGGCGCGCAUCGAGCAGCUCAAGGCGGUCGAGGCACGCUUGUUGCAGCCGGUCGUAGUCGCGCGGGAUCAGGUGAGGGGUGAGUCGGGCGACGAGGGGAAGCCGUUGAGCGAGAGAGUCGAGGAGGUGAGGCGCGAGUUGCUCGACGAUGCGUAUGACACGUUGAAGCGGUAUGAUUUGCUGUUGUCGUUGGGCGAGGGAAAGCGGAGCGCUGGUUCGCCGGCACCACAGGGGGCGGCGAGUAAGGACGUAGCUGCGCCAGGGGAUGACCAGACACAACGCAGUGCAUCGCCGCGGCUCAAGAUCCGCAUCAAGGGCGGCAGGGCGACGUGGGAACCUGCGGAGAGCGCUAGUCCUACCCCUGCUUCUGCUGCUGCUACCAAAUCGCCCAGUGUGACGCAGGAGAAUGGAGCGAGAAGGGUCAGUGCACGUCAACCUAAACAGCGCGUCGAGAGUUUGCCGGUACCCCUGACGGCGGCGAAGGUAGAAGCAGUCGAGGACGGGCGCAAGAGACGGAGGAGGCGGUCAGGGUCGCAGGGGGACGAGUCAGGCAACGAUGUGUCGCCGCGUACGGCGAGGAAUGCUGGGUCGCCCGAGAUGCGCGCGCGCGGACGGAGUGCAGAAGUGUGGGAAACGUACCAGGCCACGUCUAAAUCGGACUCUUCGGGCACGGAGAUGGUAAGGGGCAGGCCACAGCGUGCGGCUGCGAAGGCGGCGGUGGUUGCGCAGAAGCAGCAGAGGCGGUACGCCGAGCGGUCGUUUUCGGACUACGAUGACGACGAGGAAGAAGAGGAGGAGGAUGAAGAGGUCGAGUCUGCGCUCCGGGGCGCUGCUGAUGUUUCAAUGCAGCUGCCUCGGUCUUCCGCCAAGCAGCAGCAGCAGCAGCGAGAUCAACGCUCGCCGUCCACUUCGUCCGUAUCGUCGUUGGCGUCUUCGGUGGGGUACAUGUAUCCGACAGUGGCCGAUACGGGCUCGUUGAAGGUCUCUCCGUCGUUGGUCGAGGUUCAGGCCUCGGAUCCUGCGACGUCGAGUAGCCCCGUGGUGGGUGCGACGGAUGGCGAGGCUGCGCGCAAGAAGCUCAGACUCCUCCUGUCUUCCCCCUCGACCGCAGCUACGGCGGAGAUCGAGGAAGCGCUGCAUUCGGACUCGGAGGGCGAGAGAUCCCCGCGCGGCGGCGCGGCGUUGACCGAAAGCGAGGCCGAGAGCAUCCUCGCCGCGUUUCUCGGCACUACGCCACUCGGAAAGAGCACCAAGCUCAUCCCUGCCGCGACUGCUGCUGCUGCUGUGGCGGCUGUCAAGGAGCAAGCGUCGUCAGCAGCGUCGGCGAGUUCGGCGAGACUUCCGGCCAAGGAGACGAGCAGUGCUACCCCGUCCAAGAGGAGGUCGACGCGAAGAGAGGCGACGCAGUCGUUUGGCGAGAAGCUCCCAGACGUCUUGACCAAACCCGUGCCGUUUGACUUUACCGUCAUGGGCUAUCUCCGCUCCAUCGAUCGGCCUACCAGGGAUGACGCGCGGGGAAGGUGA